AUGACAACACUCCAUCUCUCUGACUUUCUACCUCUGCAACCAAUGCUUAGAGAUAAAUUAUCUUCAAAUCAACGAAAUAGAAUUUCAUUUUCUGCAAAUUUCGAACAAAUUCAUUCUUUAGGUCAAGAAGAUUCGGAUUCUUAUAGAUUUUCUUAUCCGAAAGAUGUGAAAAUUUCAUAUCAGAUGGGAAUUGUGUUUGUGAGUGAUUUUGGAAAUCGAAAAAUUGCACUUUUCAAUUUAUUUACAAAAAUGUUUCUCUAUUCGAUAGAGUUGGACGAAAGUCCACAAUGCCUAGCUGUGGAUGAAGACGAUUUUGACAACUUGUUCAUCACUUUGAGUUUUACAAAAGUGUGCAAAUUGAGAAUUUGGCUCAUGUUAGAUGAUGUAAAAUAUACGAAACUAUGGGAAAGAGGAGAGAAGGCAAAGAACUUUCGUCAAGUGAGACAAGAAUUGAAUUUGGACGAAAUAGAUCUUGCUUCUGAUGUGGAAACUGCCAUUCAACAACCUUCACAAGAAGAUGCAGCCAAUUCUUUAGUCGAUUCAGCACUUGAGUUUUAUUAUCCUAUUGGAAUCUCAGUAAGAAACAAACAAGUGUACGUCUGUGAUAGUGGACAUAAUAGAAUUGUCAUAUUAAGUUCCUUAGAUGGUAGUUUCAUUCGUUCCAUUUCUUCCUUUUCAUUUCCUUUAAAAUCUCCUCCUGGAAUUAUCUCAUCACAACCUUUAUUCGAAACGAGUCAUUUGCAUGAGCCUUGGAUGAUUGACUUUUCUCUUGCUGGUGAACUAAUCAUUUCAGAAUAUUGGAACGGCUCCAUUAAGAUUCUAAGAGAAUCAUCCUCAAAUCCUUCUCAAUUAGAACUCGUUUGCUCCUUCAUCCCAGAAGGAUUUCUAAAUGAUGAUCAAGAUUCGGUAAAUUCUUCAGAUCUGUUUGGAAUCUGUCCACUAGGAAUCUGCAUUGAUAAGAGUAGGGAGAAUACUCUGAGACCUGAAAAGAUUAUAGUUUCAAGUCCACUCAAAAAUCGAAUUUUAGCCUUCGAAUGGAAUAGUUCAGGAUUAGUCGGCCCACAGAAAGACGAAAGACUCAAACUUGUUAGAUCGUACGGUUCAUUCGGACCAUUGUAUUGUCCAUUCGGCUUAACAAUAGACGAUCAGAAUGGUCAACUCUUGGUUGCCGAUGAAAACAAUCACUCUAUAAAAAUAUUUAAAUAA